AUGGACCGGUUAUCCAGUAAUUAUGGGCAAUUUUUGGUGGCUUUUAAAAGCAGCUGGAUUUGUUUGCCUGAAGUGGAGGAUAAGCUUUUGUUCAUAACUGGUGCGAAGGCAGUAGUGGAGUUGUGGAAGCAUGCACAUUUUUACGUGAGCAACAAGUGCCCAUUUCCCAUAUGGCCUGCCACUGCCCCGAACCAAGGCUUUCCAGUCGUAGCAAACGGUGGCUUCUAUCUUCCAUCCGGGAGACUCCGGAAAUUCCAGGCACCAGGAGAUUCGAGUGGCCGCAUCUGGGCCAGAACAGGCUGCAAUUUCGACUACUUCAACGACGGACGAGCCUGUGAAACAGGCGACUGCAACGGGCGACUCGAAUGCGCCGGGGUGAUCGGCGUUCCUCCUGUGACGCUAGUAGAGUUUACGUUGCAGGUUGACAAGAGGCAGCCGAGUUUCUACGACGUAAGUAUAGUGGAUGGCUACAACCUCCCUGUUUCAGUGACCCCAUAUCCUACAGCACCAAAAUACUACAUCGGAGGGUGCUUCUCAGAUAUAAAAAAGGAGUGCCCUGGGGAGCUGGCGGUCCUGAAUGAGCUCGGAACUUUUUCUUAA